AUGACGGCCGGGGCGCUGCGUGUGGCGUUUGUGCAUCCUGAUCUCGGCAUCGGUGGCGCCGAGCGGCUGGUUGUUGAUGCGGCUCUGAGCCUGCAGGAGCGAGGACAUGACGUGUGUGUGAUCACGUCGCACUAUGACCCGUCGCAUGCGUUCGAGCCGACGCGCAACGGCGCGCUGCGUGUCGUGCAUGCGCAGACGCGGAUGCCGCGCUCCAUCCUGCACAAGUUUCAUCUGCCGAUGGCGAUCUUGCAGCAGCUCUCGCUCGUCAUGCAGGUCGUGGUGGCGACGCACGGUGCGGGCCUGGCGCGCACAUACCCCGCGCUGUACCGCGCGCUCACACACAUCGACCCGCAGGCAUGCCCGGACGUGUUCGUGCUGGAUCAGCUGCCGGUGGCUAUUCCGCUCCUAAAGCUGCUAUGCGGCCGACGUGUCGUGUACUACUGCCACUUUCCCGAUAAGGAGAUCAGCGCCGCCCUUGCGCGGCAGCGUGGCGAUCAUGGCCUGCGGGCGAUGGUGCGGCGUCUGUACCGUCUGCCGCUCGAUGUGCUCGAGGAAGCGACGACCAAAGCAGCCGAUCGGAUUCUGGUGAAUUCGCACUUCACAGCCGCCCACUUCCGGCGCGUGUUUCCUCACAUUGUGUGCCGCCCACGCGUCGUGUACCCAGCUGUCGACGAGCUCGAGUAUACCCCUCAGCAGGUCCAGCAGGCGCUCGUCGAGUAUGAGCGGUCGUGCCACGACGCUGACGCGCUGCGCCGCUGCUCGCUCGUGCAGCAGCUCGUCCAGGUCGGUGACCGGCCGAUCCUGCUCUCGAUCAACCGCUUCGAGGCCAAGAAGAACAUCGUGCUGGCCCUGCAUACCGUGGCGCACUUGCGGCACACGCGCCGCGACCGCGUACGACUCGUGUGUGCGGGUGGGUAUGAUGCGCGCGUGCAAGACAAUAUCGCGACGCUGGCCGCCCUGCAGGCACAGGCGACCCGGCUGGGUCUCUCGCACACCACGCUGUGGGGCCGCCGACCGUCGAGCGCAUCGCCGCUCCAUGAGCCCACCACGCCUGAGCACGUCCUAGGUGCUGAUGUCGUGCUAUUGCCUUCGCUGCCAGGUGCCCUCCUGCACGCUCUCUUGCACGCGCCGGCACUCCGGGCGUUGCUGUACACGCCGACGGACGAGCACUUUGGCAUUGUGCCACUCGAGGCUAUGGUGUGCGGCGUGCCCGUCUUGGCCACGGACACGGGCGGCCCGCUGGAAACGGUCGUGGACGCUGCGCUGGAUGCCGACGGACAGCCCCAGGCACGCGACGCGACAGGCUUUCUCUGCGCGCCGAACGCCGAGCAGUGGGCGAGCGUGUGCCACAGGGUGCUGGAUUGGGACGAGGAUACACGCACGAGGAUCGCGUCCGCCGCCAGGCAGCGUGUGCAGACGCACUUUUCCGUCCGCACCAUGGGCGCGGCGCUCGAUGAGCAUGUGCGGGCCGUCGGUGCGCAGGCCGUACCGUGGAGCGAGCGUGCGCAGAUAUUCGGCGUGGUGCUGGCGUUGCUGCUGAUGCAUGCCGUGGCAGUAUACGUAGUGCUUGGUUAG